ACGAGCACCAAAGACUGCCUCUCUUUGCAUUCAUCACAGCAAUACUACUACACUGGGAAAUGGCCACUGCGGGGAAGGUGAUUAAAUGUCGGGCUGCUGUUGCCUGGGAGCCCACUGCGCCCCUGAAGAUCGAGGAAAUUGAAGUCGCCCCACCUCAGGAAGGAGAAAUACGAAUUAAGGUUGUAGCUACAGGUGUUUGUCACACCGACCUUUAUCACCUGUUUGAAGGGAAGGACAAGCGUGGUUUUCCCUCUGUCCUGGGCCAUGAGGGCGCUGGUGUGGUGGAGAGUGUGGGACCCGGAGUCACUGAUUUCAAACCAGGUGAUAAGGUCAUUCCACUCUUCCUCUCUCAGUGUGGAGAAUGCAAAUUCUGCAAGAGUCCCAAAACAAACCUGUGUGACCGCAACUGGUCAAGUAAAUAUCAUGACAUUAUGUCUGAUCCUACAACACGUUUGACUUGCCGUGGUCGGCCCAUUCUGCAGUUCAUGGGCACCAGUACCUUCUCUGAAUACACCGUCAUCAACCAGAUCGCUGUGGGCAAGAUUGCUGAUGAUGCCCCACUCGACCGCGUGUGUCUGCUCAGCUGCGGCAUCUCGACCGGUUAUGGAGCUGCUGUCAACACAGCUGGGGUUACACCAGGCUCAGUGUGUGCAGUGUUUGGACUGGGUGCAGUAGGUCUGGCUGCAGUUAUGGGCUGUAAAAACGCUGGAGCCUCUCGCAUCUUUGCUGUGGAUAUUAAUGAGCAAAAGUUUGAGAAGGCAAAGGUCUUUGGUGCCACUGAUUUUCUGAAUCCGAAGGCAUAUAACAAACCCAUCUCUGAAGUGCUGGCAGAAAUGACCAAUGGAGGAGUGGAUUUCUCACUCGAGUGUGUGGGCAACACAGAAGUAAUGAGAACUGCGCUGGAGUCGUGUGUUAAAGGUUGGGGUGUAAGUGUUCUGGUUGGCUGGACUGAUGUGAAGGAUUUUUCUGCCCGGCCAAUUCAGCUCAUAUCUGGGAAAACAUGGAAAGGAUCUCUGUUUGGAGGUUUUAAAAGCAAGGACUCUGUUCCAAACCUGGUUUGUGACUACAUGUCUGGCAAAAUAAAGCUUGACGAGUUUAUAACCCACAAAAUGAGUCUGGAGCAGGUCAACGAUGCAGUCAACCUCAUGAAGACUGGACAAUGCAUUCGAUGCAUCCUGAAUAUAUCCAAAUGAGAAGCAAAUCAUAUUCACCCAACCAGUUUGAUUCGGCUUAUUCGCUUUUGCAGUAUUUGAGUUCAAGGAUCCUCUUUAACAGAAUAUUCCAGUCCUCUGCUUUAUGAAGGGAUUCACAAGUGCAUGUAAACGUUAAUGUUUAACAUCCAAAACUGUUCAUCUGCAAUGCAAAAUGCUUCUGAAAAAGUUUGCAAGAAAAUGUUUUCUGUGCCAAAUAAAAACAGAGACAAGCAUGUAAAUCA